UCUUAGUAUUUGUUUUUAUACGCCGCCUGUGUAUGAGUUUGAAUCUCAUCAUUUUACCCAAUUUUCAUUUUCCCUUGAACGUCGAAAACCCCCCAAACCCUACCUCCUCUCCUCUCUCAGAUCUGCAAAUUUCAUGGGUUCCAAGCGCUCUGAUUUCGGGGAUGGUGCCAGCCCUGGAAAGAUUUUCAUCGGCGGAUUGGCUAAAGAUACUACUCUAGAUACCUUUGUAAAUUAUUUCGGGAAAUAUGGAGAGAUAACUGACUCGGUGAUUAUGAAAGACCGGCACACAGGGCGGCCGAGGGGUUUCGGUUUCAUAACAUAUGCCGAUCCUGCCGUGGUGGACACUGUUAUCGCUGAAACCCAUAUCAUCAAUGAUAAACAAGUUGAGAUAAAGAGAACUAUUCCAAAAGGAUCUGGCGAUUCUAAGGAUUUUAAAACGAAAAAGAUAUUUGUUGGUGGGAUCCCCACUUCUGUCAAUGAAGAUGACUUCAAGAGUUUCUUCUCAAAAUACGGAAAGGUGGUUGAGCAUGAGAUUAUUCGAGAUCAUGUGACAAAGAGGUCUCGUGGCUUUGGAUUUAUUGUGUUUGACCAUGAACAAGUGGUUGACAAUAUUUUAACUGAUGGAAAUAUGAUUGAUAUGUCAGGCACCCAGGUUGAGAUCAAGAAAGCUGAACCAAAGAAACCCUCAAACCCUCCUCCUGCUCCUACAUAUGGUAGUGAUUCUAGGGGACGUGGCUAUGGUGAUAGUUAUGGUGGUUUCAGCAGCUCAUAUAGCAGUUUUGGCAGUGGUGGUUUUGGCCCUACCUCUUAUAGGUCAAUGGGAUCAGGAUUUGGUGGUAGGUUUGGUGAUUAUGGUGGAUAUGGUAGUGGGAGUGAGUUUGGCGGCCGUUAUGGAGAUUACCCUAGUACUGAAUUUGGUUAUCGAGAAGCGCCACUUAGCUACUCUGGCCGAUUUGGUUCUUAUGGCGGAGGCUUUGGUGGGGGGUAUAGCAGUGGGCUGGGUACUUAUGGUCGUGGAGGGGGUUAUGGAGGUUAUGGUGGAGCUGGGGCAAGUGGUGGAUAUGACUCUGGCCCUGGUGCUAGUUAUGGCGGAGCAGGAGGGGGAAUUUAUGGAGGUAGAGCAGGUUAUAGUGGCAGUAGUCGAUACCAUCCUUAUUCAAGAUAGAUGUCCUUUAAGCAUCUUGUAGGAGUUCUCACAUUUCUCUUGGCUAUUGCUUCUCGCCACUCGGAGUUGACUAGAUUUUCAAAGUACUAGCAAGGAGAUGAUCUGUAGAAGACUGGAGAACCUUAGUAUUUUGUUGUUUCUUAUUCGCUGAAUUCUAAGUUUUAAGAAUCUCAUUGAGACACUGUUAAGCUUUCUAAGCUAGACAUCUUAUCCUGUAUGAAAUGUAUUUUGUUCUACUUUUAGUUAGAACGGCCUUUUGCUUUUUUAGGUUCUACCUGCUAGAAUAUAAUGUUUAUCUAGAAUUGAGUGUACAUGCUCAAGUGAUCUGUGAGAUGAUGCCUAACCAGACGUAGUGCCUCUAGCUGUUUUUGAAUCUCUGAUUUGUGUCCAAGCUUUAUUGCGUGUUAUUUGGAAGUUCUGGCUGGAUGUAUUAAGGCCUGUAGUUCAGGUAGAAUCUCUUUAAUGUUUAAGUUACAUUGAUUUUAGGUGAGUGUUAGUAGUUUGGGUAGCAACCUUAUCAUAUUUUCAGGGAUUAAUCCAUUGACUUAGUAUGUUAAAUGCUUAUUCUAGCCACAGGUAUUACGAUAUCUCAUGACCUUAUAUUUGCAUUGCAAAUGCAUAUUUGUUGCUUCACUAUUCUUCAUUGCAGGAGACCUGGGAAUCUUGCUGCUAAUUUAAUUUGCUAUUGAAAUUAUUUUUCCAUAUAUUGUCAUUUGUAAUGACUGCUGAGAUUAUAACUUUUUACAGAUAUCUGAGUUUAUUAAGAAAUAUGUAAUGGUUUCAAUCUUUUUGUCAAGUAUGUUCCGAAGUUAA